UAGUGCUCUGAGCCACGGGUCCUCUGUGGAGGGCAGGUGCUUCUGUGCCUCGUCCUGGGCACUGGAUUGGGGCCCCAGCUGAGACUCAAGGUUCUACAGCAUCAAGGGUGAGGAUGGCUGGAGCCUCUCCCCUUGGGGGCCUUUACCUGUGAUGCUCAGGAUGUCCAUGAGGAGCCCCGGCUCUGCCCAGCUGGCCCUGGAUGGCGGUGGCACCAUGGUGAACUGUGCCGUCAAGUCCGAGGGGAAGCAGGAGCCCUGCCACGAGGCCCCCCAGGGCUCGGCUGCCACAGCUGACCCCCAGCCCGGAGACCCAGCCCGAGCCUCCCAGGAUGGUGCUGACCCCCAAGCUCUAGCCCAGGAUUGCAGCUCACCAGAGAGCAACGUGUCCCCAGAACCCAAGAGACCAGGCGACUCUGAGGCUGCUUCUGGGAGCCAGGAGAAGCUGGACUUCAACCGAAACCUAAAGGAGGUUGUGCCGGCCAUCGAGAAGCUGCUGUCCAGUGACUGGAAGGAGAGGUUUCUGGGAAGAAGCUCGGUGGAAACAAAAGAUGUCAAAGGGACCCAGGAGAGCCUGGCGGAGAAGGAGCUCCAGCUUCUGGUCAUGAUCCAUCAGCUGUCCACCCUGCGGGACCAGCUCCUGACCGCCCACUCGGAGCAGAAGAACAUGGCUGCCAUGCUGUUCGAGAAACAGCAGCAGCAGAUGGAGCUGGCCCGGCAGCAGCAGGAGCAGAUCGCGAAGCAGCAGCAACAGCUAAUUCAGCAGCAGCACAAAAUCAAUGUCCUUCAGCAGCAGAUCCAGCAGGUCAAUAUGCCUUAUGUCAUGAUCCCAGCCUUCCCCCCAAGCCACCAGCCUCUCCCUGUCACCCCCGACUCCCAGCUGGCUUUGCCCAUCCAGCCAAUCCCUUGCAAACCAGUGGAAUAUCCGCUCCAGCUGCUGCACAGCCCCCAGGCCCCGGCUGUGAAGAGGCCUGGGGCCAUGGCCGCCCACCACCCGUUGCAGGAACCCUCCCAGCCCCUGAACCUCACAGCCAAGCCCAAGGUCCUCGAGCUGCCCAACACCUCUAGCUCCCCCAGCUUGAAGAUGAGCAACUGUGGACCCCGCCCCCCCAGCCAUGGGGCUCCCACACGGGACCUGCAGUCCAGCCCCCCCAGCCUGCCUUUGGGCUUCCUCGGUGAAGGGGACGCUGUCACCAAGGCCAUCCAGGAUGCUCGGCAGCUGCUGCACAGCCACAGCGGGGCCUUGGACAGCUCCCCCAGCACGCCCUUCCGGAAGGACCUCAUCAGCCUGGACAUGUCCCCAGUCAAGGAGCGACUGGAGGAGACCUGUGUGCACCCACUGGAGGAAGUCAUGCUGGGCUGCGACGUGGACGGCUCCCGCCACUUCCCCGAGUCCCGGAACAGCAGCCACAUCAAGAGGCCCAUGAACGCCUUCAUGGUGUGGGCCAAGGACGAGCGCAGGAAGAUCCUGCAGGCCUUCCCGGACAUGCACAACUCCAGCAUCAGCAAGAUCCUCGGGUCCCGCUGGAAGUCCAUGACCAACCAGGAGAAGCAGCCCUACUACGAGGAGCAGGCCCGGCUGAGCCGGCAGCACCUGGAGAAGUACCCCGACUACAAGUACAAGCCGCGGCCCAAGCGCACGUGCAUCGUGGAGGGCAAACGGCUGCGGGUGGGCGAGUACAAGGCCCUGAUGAGGACCCGGCGCCAGGAUGCCCGCCAGAGCUACCUGACCCCCUCGCAGGCAGACCAGGUGCAGAUGAGCGCCCCGGAAGUGCUGUACCCUCGGGUGGCACAGCCCCCGGUGGAGCACUAUGUGCCCCGAAGCCUGGACCCCAGCAUGCCUGUCAUCGUGAACACCUGCAGCCUCAGGGAGGAGGCCGAGGCCACGGAGGACAGGCACUCGGUGGCCGACGGGGAGAUGUACCGGUACAGCGAGGACGAGGACUCGGAGGGCGAGGAGAAGAGCGACGGGGAGCUGGUGGUGCUCACAGACUGAUCUGGGAAGACCUGGCCUCGGGCAGGGGGCAAAGCCAGCUCACCUGGACUCUGUUGGUACUUGGACUUGGGUGGCUGGACUUGGGUGUCCUUGUAGACACGGGCCCCCUCCCCACCACGCCUGCUGGCAUGGCCACAUGGCAGGGCCUGCAUGGUGGUGAUGGCUGAGCUCCUUGGUCUUCGGGGCUCAUGGCCAGGGGACACUGUAGGACCCUCCCCCCCCCCGGCAGGUCUACCCCCCUGGGGGCAUGGCAGCUUCAGACCCACCUCCCUGGAGCCACACGCUUCGUUUCCAUUCUUGUCCUGGCUGGCCCAGCCCCCAUGGGACCAACACCCCUCACGCCCCUCCACGUGCACACACGGCUCCUCUCUCACCAGGAUCCCUUUGCACUCGUGCAAAAAGGUCUGGCUGUCCCUCUCUGUUUCAUCGCCGCCAAGCCUGGUGCGCCUCUGGCUGCUGCGCGUGUGCACGCGUCUUCACCGUCAUUCACUGCAUAUUUAUUGAGUGCCCACUAUGUGCCAGGCACUGUUGCUGAGUUCCUGUGUGUCCCUGGAUGCUGUCUUGCUUCUCUGGGGGCCGCUUUCUGAGCUCUCUCUGUCCCCAAAUUGCUACCUCUGUCAGUCUGGGUGUCUCAGGUUCUGUGCAUCCUUGUGUGCGUUUCUCUGUCCCGUCUCUGCAGGGCCCUGUGUCUCUCUCCCCUCCUGGUGUCUGACUGCCGCUCUGCCCUGGUCACUCUGGGUCUCUGAAGGGCCCUGGGCCACCCUGGCCUCCCUGCCCCCCCUUUCACCCCCUCCCUGACUUGCUGGUGGGUCCCCACAGCCAUUGUCCGUUCCCAGCAGCAUGGGAUGUGCUCGGCCUCCAAGGAGCUCCGUCCUGGUGGCCCAGACCCUGGCCCCAUCCCAGUGCCAGGAGUGGGAGCAGGAGGACGGGUGGCGCCCCCUUCCUGUCAGUGACGAAAGCCCUGGAGAGCCGGCUCCCUCGGCACUGGUCUCCAUCCCUCCCACACAGCUCUGCCCGCACCCUGCCUGCUCCUCCUCUACACCGGGGACCUGCCUCUGCUCCUGAUCACCUCACAAGUUAUUUCCUUAAGGAAAUUAAGUCUCUUUGGAAUGACUCCAAAGAUCCAGGUGGGUCUGAGUAGGAAGGGAACCCCAAAUCCCACAGGGGCAGGUGUGGAGUCUGUGCCUACCCUCAUCUGCUCCCCAAAGCCCAACUUCUCUCCAGGCUGUUUCUUUUUUUAUGACUGUAAACAUAGUGCUUUAUUUUGUUAAUAAUAAGAUAAUGAUGAGUAACUUAACCAGCACAUUUCUCCUGUUUACACUCGGGAAUUUUUUGUUUUCUGUUGGUAUAAUAAAGGCGGACCAUUUCAGAAUCA